AUGUCAGAGGCUAACAAAAAAAUUAAGAGAAAUUCUUUAAUUUAUCCUUUAUUUCCCAUAGCAUCCCCAUCACCACAAAAGCUUAUCAGCCCAAAAUCUUUAAAAAAACUGAUAAAACCGCUUCAUAAGCGAGCACAAUCAGAUAUAGUCAAUCCCUAUCUAGACCAUCGAGAUCUUAUUAACUUAAAAGCUUCCACAAAACUAUCACGACAAAAUAUCCAGGAAACCAAAAAUUCGCCACAAAUCCCAAAAAAAUCAAAAUUAUCCUCAAUUAUUCAACCAAAAAUUAUUUCAAAGCCCAACUUAAUUAUAAAAAAAUCUGAAAAAAUGCCUAACCCUGAUAUUAUGCUGACUGAGCUACAAGGUGAACCUGUAUUUAAAGCCCCAAAGCGGUUUUCUAACCAAUUUUUUACUGAUGUUUAUGACAUUGAUGGAAAUCACGACAGAAUUGAAGUAGAAGACUCUAUGGAGUUAUUCAGUGAGCUUGAAUCAAAUAAAAUUAUGCUAGAUCCCUGCACAACUUUUUAUAUUUCUGAUCUUGAAAAGGAAGCAUCGCCUACAAAAAAAUCAAUAAAAGUGCAAGAUAGCAGUUACAUAGAAAAAUCAAGAGAAAUCCCUGAUGAUUCAGUAAAAAAACUUUCAGUUGGACAAGAAUUCUUUUGCAAACUUAAUAAAAUGCUGAAUGAGCAGGACCAAGAUUAUCAAAGUGAAGAAACGGCUCCAUGUCAAAUGACUAUGGAUUUUUGAUAUUGUACAUUUCAUCUAAAUGCAUUUGGUCGAAAAUUUUUUGAUAGUCCGACGUUUGGCCGAAAAAUUAACGUUUUUUUCUGGUCAAAUGUCUCACUAUCAAAAAUUUUUCUACCAUUUUUCGGCCAAAAAUUUUCGGUGUGAAAUGGGCGUUAUCAAAAAGGCAGUGCCAUUUGGCCUGCACCCGAAGAAACAACCAGCAUAAGUGGUGGAAAAUCAAGGGUGUAG